AUGCAACCAUCUUCAAAAAGGGUUCUUCUGGAAGUUGAGAAGAGAAAACAUUGCAAAAACCCAUUUGAUGAUCGGUUUUUGCAAUUAGCGUUGUCUUCUUUCCAACCUUCCCAUAGCAUGGAGAAUACGGAGCGAGCCAUGGAGGAGUCAAUUUACAAUGCUUCCGUUAAUGUAAGCCUUCGUACGGAAAUAAUCAAAGAAAUGUUGAAACAGACUGCAAAUGAGGUGGAAAAGUUUGUGAUUCAGACUCUUGAUAAUAGAACAGGUUCCUCGUCUGACGGAUCUUGCACAAUAACCACCUCUCCAGAAAGCUUACCAAAAUAUGAUCGUUCAAGAUUUCUAGCCUUUUCUUGCCAAAACCAAGAAAGCAUUAAGGAAUUCUCAGAAGUACAAGCAACGGACGAAUUUACUUCAAAGAACACAUGUCUGAAAGAGCUGCCAUGCUUUAUUCCAUCAUAUUCGAACCAAUAUUAUGUUUUAAACGAUCAAGACUACUACAACAGAGAAGACACACCACCCCAACCUUACAUCAUGGACAUGGAAUGUCUGGAUACAAUUUUUGCUGGUUUUGAGAGUGUGCUUUCCAUGAGUGAGGACAAAAUCGAACAUCUCUUUCGACAAGAAGGCAUUGAAACAACGAUUUAUGAGGAUGUUUCCUCACCAGAGGAGAGCGUUGCGAAACCUCUCGCUGGGGAUGUUCAAGACAAUGAUGACUUGCUGUACAGUCAUUCUUGGGACAAUGAUGCCGUGAUGAAUGAAGAAAAUGUUCCUCUUGUUGUUGAUGGUGUAGAUAACAAACAACAAACAGAUGCAAUGGAGAUUCAAAAAGAGUUUUCAUACAAGAGGGUGUUGGAUAUGGACGCUUUAUUUGAACUGCCUAGAGUUAAGGGAAAAGAUACAAAAUUGAGACUGAAGCACUUCUAUGAAGACAACUUGAUCAAACCAAGUUUUAACAUUCAACAAACCUAUUCUCAACCAGGUUCCUUUACAAUGUGGCAGGAGAUGUUGGAAAAAGAAUUUACAGACCUUGAUUUUGGAGCAUCUCUUGUGACUCCUGAAAUUGAUAUCGUCAAGGUUGCUGCAUGCAUGAGUAAUGCUUUCAGCGAUUUUUUGUUCAGCAACGACAUUUGUUACGAGCAUCCUGUUCACGACUCAGAAGGGCAAGACGAUGAAUAUUUGUUUGGACAAAAGGGUGACCCACAAGAUGACACAAAGACUAUCAUAGAAAAGAUCCUUGAAACCUUCCAACAACACAAACCAAAAUUGUCGAUGGUUAAACUCUCGUCGUUGAUACAGGAGCAGCUUCGCGAUACCACAACUUCCACACUUUCAGAGUUAAGAAAGAAAAGUGGGGUUUUCCAUUUAGUUUCUAAACCGCGGUUCUUCAUGGCUCUUCUUCAUUGUGUUCACCUCCUCAAUCUCAAAGGAGAACACAUUGCGUUAUCGAAUCUGUCAAAUGAAAAGAGUGAAAUCAGAAUUGUGAAAACCUUUUGA